GAUCACCACCAGCAUCGGCAGUGGCAGUGGCACUGUCAGCAGCACCCCUGCUGCUCUCCUCCCCCUUCAGCCCUGCUGCCGCCGCUGCUGGUGCUGCUACUGCUGGUGCUGCUACUGCUGGUGCUGCUACUGCUGGUGCUGCUACUGCUGGUGCUGCUACUGCUGGUGCUGCUACUGCUGGUGCUGGUACUUCUGCUGCUGCUGCUGCUGCUGCUGCUGCUGCUGCUGCUGCUGCUGCUGCUGCUGCUGCUGCUGCUGCUGCUGCUGCUGCUGCUGCUGCUGCUGCUGCUGCUGCUGCUGCUGCUGCUGCUGCUGCUGCUGCUGCUGCUGCUGCUGCUGCUGCUGCUCUCAGUUAA